CACAUUCACAUUUUGGAAAGCAAGACACAAAAAACGUUAUUGGAAAAUCUCCUCACAUUCUUAGCAAAUGGUAGGUAGAAGGUACAAUGAAAAUACCCAAAUUAAAUACCACUAAUCUAACAAAUCCUUUCAACUACUAGCACUAAACCUCUGAAAUCUUGAAGCUAACUCAACUAAUUCAACGAACUUCGCACUUGCUUUUCGAUGUUCAUCAUCUUCCCGGCUAUUCUACCAUCGAAUUUCUCACAGCAACAUUGUCAAAUUCGAUCUGAUCUUACAAUAAAAUCUAAGACCUCACCAGAAAGUACCGUAGUAUCCUAGCUUUCGAGCUCUAUAAUGGCUUCUCCAAUGGCGUUGAGGAGCUUUAAGAGUAUGGGACCGGAGGGUCAAGCUCAGACUACUCAAAAUGCUGGAGGGUCUACGAAGGGUUUGAAUAUACAGUAUGUCGUACAACUCACUGAGGUUGGGGAGGGUCUCAUGGCGAAAAUGUAUAGACUCAAUCAGAUUUUAGAUCAUCCAGAUAUGGUCAACCAUUUGUUCUCGGAGUCUUUUUGGAAAGCUGGUGUGAUUCCUAAUUUUCCAAAGAUAUGUACAUUGGUCGCAAGGAAGUUCCCGGAGCAUACCAGCAGAUUACAACUUGAGCGUGUUGAUAAAAUUGCUUUUGAUUCAUUAACAGAUGGUGCUGAAGUUUAUCUUCAAAAUUUGGAGCCGUGGGUUCAGCUGCUUCUUGAUUUGAUGGCAUUCCGAGAACAAGCGUUACGACUUCUGUUGGAUUUAAGCAGCACAGUGAUUACCUUGCUGCCUCAUCAGAACUCAUUUAUACUACACGCAUUCAUGGAUCUAUUUUGUUCAUUUGUUCGAGUGAAUCUAUUUUCUGAAAAGAUACCUGGGAAAAUGAUGCUGCAGAUGUACAACCUUUUACACGGAAUCUUGAGGAAUGACCGUGAUUGUGAUUUUUACCACAGGCUGGUUCAAUUUAUAGACUCCUACGAUCCACCAGUCAAGGGGCUUCAGGAGGACCUGAAUUUUGUCAGUCCACGUAUUGGAGAGGUUUUAGAGGCUGUUGGGCCUGUUAUAUUUUUAUCAGCAGAUACUCGGAAGCUUAGAAAUGAGGGGUUUUUGAGUCCCUUCCAUCCUCGAUAUCCAGACAUACUUACAAAUUCUGCUCAUCCCAUGAGAGCUCAAGAUCUAGCAAAUGUUACAUCCUACCGAGAAUGGGUGCUUCUUGGAUACCUUGUUUGUCCAGAUGAACUUCUGCGUGUAACCAGCAUUGACAUUGCUUUGGUUGGUUUGAAGGAAAGCUUAGUUCUCACUUUGUUCAGAGAUGAGCAUAUAUUGUUGCAUGAGGAUUAUCAAAGAUAUGUGUUGCCACGCAUAUUGGAAUCAAAGAAGAUUGCAAAGGCUGGUCGUACAAAGCAGAAAGAAGCAGAUCUUGAGUAUAGUGUGGCAAAGCAGGUUGAAAAAAUGAUAAGUGAAGUGCAUGAACAAGCAUUGCUAUGCUGUGAUGCAAUACACCAUGAAAGGAGAAUACUUCUAAAGCAGGAAAUUGGAAGAAUGGUUCUCUUUUUUACUGAUCAGCCUAGUUUACUGGCUCCCAACAUCCAGAUGGUGUUUUCAGCUUUGGCAUUAGCUCAGUCCGAGGUGAUAUGGUACUUUCAGCAUGUAGGAAUUAUGUCAUCAAAGUCUAAAGCUACUACUCAUACGCUACCUGUGGAAAUAGACCCUACUGAUCCAACUAUUGGAUUCUUAUUAGAUGGAAUGGAUCACCUUUGCGGUCUAGUUCGCAAGUAUAUAGCAGCAAUCCGAUGUUAUGCACUAUCCUAUCUGUCAUCCUGUGCUGGUAGAAUUCGUUUUUUGCUGGGAACUCCAGGAAUGGUGGCACUGGACCUUGAUUCAAACUUAAAAGGACUUCUUCAGAAGAUACUUCAGCACCUGGAAAAGAUACCAAAACCACAGGGUGAAGACAUCUCUGCUAUCACUUGUGAUCUAUCUGAUUUGCGUAAAGAUUGGUUGUCAGUGUUAAUGAUUGUCACUUCCUCUCGGUCAUCCAUAAAUAUAAGACAUCUGGAGAAAGCUACUGUUUCUACUGGCAAGGAAGGCUUAUUAGCAGAAGGAAAUUCUGCCUAUAAUUGGUCCAGAUGUGUUGAUGAACUUGAAUUACAGCUUGCGAAGCAUGGAAGCCUCAAGAAACUGUAUUUUUAUCAUCAACAUCUUACAUCGGUUUUCAGAAACACCAUGUUUGGUCCUGAAGGACGUCCUCAACACUGCUGUGCAUGGUUAGGUGUUGCAAGUAGUUUCCCAGAGUGUGCUUCUCACAUUGUUCCUGAGGAGGUUACAAAAGUUGGACGAGAUGCAGUUCUUUAUGUUGAGUCUCUAAUUGAGUCAAUCAUGGGUGGGCUGGAAGGUUUAAUCAAUAUUCUUGAUUCCGAAGGAGGAUUUGGUUCUCUUGAGAUGCAGCUUCUUCCAGAGCAAGCAGCUGUCUACUUAAAUUCUUCAACAAGGCAUUCUAUCCCAACAAACAAAUCCCCUAGAGGACUACCUGGAAUGCCUGGCCAGGAGAGUUAUCCUGAAAAUAAUAAUUCUAUUAAGAUGUUAGAAGCUGCCAUGCAGAGGUUGACAAAUCUUUGCUCUGUUCUUAAUGACAUGGAGCCCAUAUGUGUAUUGAACCAUGUAUUUGUUUUGAGAGAGUACAUGAGGGAAUGCAUUCUUGGGAACUUCAGAAGGAGACUGCUUUCAGUUCUUAAGACUGAUAAUGACCUUCAGCGUCCUUCUGUCCUGGAAUCUCUAGUUCGCAGGCAGAUGAGUAUAAUCCAUCUUGCGGAGCAGCAUAUCAGCAUGGACCUAACCCAUGGUAUCCGGGAAGUUUUACUUGCAGAAGCCUUUGCUGGACCAGUAUCAUCCCUUCAUUUGUUUGACAAACCCAUCAAUCAACAUACAGGGUUAGCCGCUGAAACAAUUUGCAACUGGUACAUUGAAAACAUUGUAAAAGAUGUAUCAGGAGCUGGUGUCCUAUUCGUGCCUGCUCACAAAUGUUUUAGAAGUACAAGACCCAUUGGUGGAUACUUUGCUGAGUCUGUAAGUGACUUUAAGGAAUUGCAAGCUUUCAUUCGUCUAUUUGGCGGUUAUGGAGUUGACAAGUUGAAGCAAAUGAUGAAAGAGCACACUGCUGCACUUUUAAAUUGCAUUGGAACUUCAUUACGGUCAAACCGUGAUAUCUUGGAGGCUAUUGCAGGAAGCUUGCACGCUGGUGAUCGCAUAGAAAGUGAUGCUAAUACAAAGCAGAUUGUGGACUUGGACACACUGGUUGAAUUUUGUGUUCAAGCAGGACAAGCCUUGGCCUUUGAUCAGCUUAUUUCAGAUGCUGCUGGUGAUGUACUCAAGGAAGAUGCACCGUUGAUAUAUUCUUUGCUGGAAGGGAUUGUGCCACAUUUGCCUAUGGAAGUUCCAGAAAAGACGGAUAUCAGGAGGAUGAAAGAGGUGGCAAAUAGCAUAGGCAUCAUGGGUGAUCAUGAUACAGAAUUUGUCAGAUCAAUAAUGGAAGACAUAGGGGUUGGAAAUGAUAAUUCAUGGAACUUGUUGCCUUAUUUAUUUUCUGCUUUCAUGUCAUCAAAUGUCUGGAAUACAACAACAUUCAAUAUUGAUACAGGAGGUUUCAAUAACAACAUCUAUUGCUUGGCAAGGUGCAUAAAUGCAGUGAUUGCUGGAAAUGAAUAUGUCAGAAUGGAAAAGGAAAAUCAGAUGGCAAAUGGCCACGUUGAUGAGAGUCUGCAAAGUCAGAUGCAGAGCUCAUUAACAGCUGAAGCAAGUGCCAAGUCUACUUUGUUGCUAUUUGUAAAAAUGUCAGCUGGGAUGAUUUUGGACUGCUGGCACGAAGCUAACAGAUCCGAUCUAGCACCCAAACUUGUAUUCGUAGACCAGCUGUGUGAAAUUUCUCCUCAUCUCCCAAGAAGCUCACUGGAAGCCUGCAUCCCAUAUUCUAUUAUUCGCUCAUUAUAUAAUCAGUACUAUGGGAAUUCUUCGUCAUUGCCAUUGACUUUACGAAAUUUAUCAUCACCUCGAAGCUCACCUGGAGUAUCUCUCAUGCAUAAUUCUCCUGCAUUCCGACACCUCAGAAGUGAUUCAACUCAGCCGUAUUCUGAUCAGUCAGGAUAUUUCAAACAACCUUCAAGCCAGUCAUAUGAUGCUGAUAGUGGAAGUAUCCAAAGUAAUGAUCGGAGACACCGAAGAGGUUCUGGGCCUUUAGAUUACAGUUCAAAUCGUAAGGUGAAGUUCAAUGAGGGAUCAACCUCAGGAAGCACAGGGCCUAGUCCUCUUCCAAGGUUUGCUGUGUCAAGAUCUGGUCCAAUAUCAUACAAGUAGGAAGAUAAUUUUGUCUAAUGGUUGAUUUGAGAUGUAUUGAAGUAUCAAUGAUUAGUGAACUACAGCGUGUUUUAGAUUGCUGCCAUCAGAUAGAGCUCCUCAGGCAGAAACCAAGUCUGCGCAGCUGUAAUUUCUGUACUAUUAUCAACUGAUCAUGUUAACUGAUACGCAGCCAUUGUAAAUGUUGAUGGGCUAUACUGAAGUAGGAAGGAGGAACUGAGGAAGGGUUAAUUUCCACCUUGUAUUUAAAAAUUUCUCCGUAGAUUUGUUUAUUACAUUACCGAGUUUGCAGAAAUUACCAUUGUAUGCACCAUGUAAUUUUGAGCAUUUUAAAUCUUAUUCAAAUUGGUUUUAUUCUUAA